GUUGCGUGACAUGAAUUUGCUGUAUUUAAGGGCCUUUUUUCUGGCUUCACAGAGCUGACAUGAACAUCUUCACUAAAGUCACAGGAUUAGCCCAACAAACUAGCAAGCUGGGGUCUGUACUCCAACGUGCCUUCUAUGGGUCCAGUGGGAGGGUGACCCUUUUUGAGCAGAGGAACUUCGCCGGCAGACGGCUGGACCUGAGUUCCGACUGCCAAAAACUUAGUGAUAAGAACUUCCCCGAGAGAUGCAACUCCGUGCAGGUGGAGAGUGGAGCAUGGAUAGGCUAUGAACAUGAUAACUUCCGUGGACGCCAGUAUCUGUGGGACAUGUCUGAGAGGGGCGAGUACAACUGUCAUGACAAGUGGUGUGCUCAGGUGGACCACAUCUCAUCCGUCCGGGGGAUCAAGCAGGACAACAACCCUCCCAGGGCCCAACUGUUUGAGAAGGCUGGCUUCUCUGGUAAGAAAACAGAUGUCCAGGAUGACAUCCCCAACCUGAUGACCCGUCACAGCCUGAACAGAGCCGCCUCCAUCCGGGUCCUUGGUGGAGCUUGGGUAGUUUACCAGGAGCCCAAUUACAGAGGUCCCCACUACAUCCUCGAGAAACGUGACUUCAACAACUCCUCUGACUGGGGUAGCCAGAACAGCACCAUUGGAUCCAUGCGUAGAGUCCGCUUCAACUAAGACCAACUGAGCAGUUCUCCCUUUUCCACACUUCUCCAGGAGAGCAAGGCUCCAAUGAUCACUUCAAAGAAAACCCGUCAGCAUGAUGCAUCAGAAAUAAACAGUGAACGAUGAA